AUGGGAAGCUUUAAUAUUGACACCAGUCAGAGCUGGGUCUCACCAUCCACGUCCCCGCACUUUGGAUACCAGGUUCUUCAACAUUCAGAUGGGCGACGGAGCUGGAUUCUAGCUACUUCCCUGGGGCCAGGUGAUCCUGGCAGAUUGUAUAAAUGCAGUUUGCAGGAGGACUUCCGCUGCGAGGAGGCCAACCUAGGAGAAAACAUUCAGAAGCUGAGAAAGAUCCGGCCUGGUAUUGCUUUAGCCCAAAAUUCAGAACAGAUUCUGGCGUGUGUCCAGCAGAAGCGUCGCCAGCGUCGCAAAGCCAUGGAAGAGCUGAACGGGCUUUGUGUUGUGCUGGCAAACGAUUUUCAGGAGAAGGCAUUCAUCAACCUCACCGACAUCAUCGAGACCAAGUUAAACCAGAGCAGCCGGCUGCGGAGGAAAAGGAGCUGUGAUGGAGACAGUCCCUGCCAUGCUGAUACGGAUGCCUCGCGCCCUGCAGACCACGCUGGGGAUUUCCCGGAUGCAACCACAAGCGCUUGCCAGGAUCCACAUGUGCUCACAUGCAGAGAAGAUCCCAGGCACAAAAUCCGUAAUGCCAACAAUAACAACAAUUAUAUGGUGGAAGAGGAAGAGGAAGAUGAUUCCGACCUGCAGACUGAAAUUGCCAUUGUCUUGGAUGGGUCUGGGAGCAUCGAGCCCGAGGACUUUGAACGAGCCAAGGAUUUCAUCCGUAACAUCCUGAAAACCUUCUAUGAAAAGUGUUUUGAGUGCGCCUUUGCUUUGGUCCAGUAUGGAGACGUCAUCCAGACAGAAUUUGACCUGCGGGUUGGCCGGGAUGCCAAUACAGCCCUGGCAAAAGUUCAGGAUGUGACUCAAGUGGGCAAGGUGACCCGGACGGCAUCUGCCAUCCAACAUGUCCUAGACUCCAUUUUUCACGAAAGCCACGGAUCCCAGAAAAAUGCUGCCAAAAUUAUAGUUGUGCUGACAGAUGGGGACAUUUUCCAGGACCCCAUGAACUUAACCGCAGUAAUUAAUUCAAAGAACAUGGAAGGAAUCGAUCGCUAUGCCAUUGGGGUCGGGAAUGUGUUCAACAACAAAAAAAGUGCCCUCGACGAGCUGCGCCUGAUCGCUUCCGAUCCGGAUGAAACACACCUUUUCCAAGUGACCAACUAUUCAGCCUUAAAUGGCCUCCUGUCAACCCUGCAACAGAAGAUCAUUGGCAUAGAAGGUACAGCUGGAGACGUCUUGGAAUUUGAGCUGGCGCAAAGCGGCUUCAGUGCCCACUUCCUGGACGAGCGCCAUAUACUGUUCGGCACAGUUGGAGCUUUUGAUUGGUCUGGAGGAAUCCUGCUCUACGAAAUUGCCAGCAAGACAGCAGUUUUCUUGAAUGAAUCCAAAAAGGCGACAGGUGGAAGAAACAACUAUUUAGGAUACAGCGUGGUUGCUGUGAGCACAGGGCGGGGCCCUUUAAUUGUGGCUGGGGCACCUCGGCACAGCAUGACAGGAAGAGUGAUGGUAUUCGAAGGAGAUCUGUUAAAGCAAACUCUACCCGGGGAACAGAUUGGCUAUGGGGCAUUUCUGAGGAAGGAGCUCAAAAGCGAGCAGUCCCUCUUCCGUCAGCAUUUGUUGUUCCCUUUUCUGCACUGCAAUUCAGUGACUAGAGCAUUCAGAAGCGACCCGUGGGGUGUAAGGGCCACCGGCAGAACGAUCCUGAUUGUUGGGGUUACUGAAGGCAUCAAAGCCGUAAAGCUGAGCCCGGACUGUGUAGAGCGCCCGCCCGAGGAGGCGGCUGCCCUGCUAAAAGAAACAUUGCUGGCCGAGGAACUUCGCUCUCCCAAGAUCACAAAUUGUAUUGGGUCUUACUUUGGAGCUGAGCUCUGCUCCCUGGACGUCGACCAGGACGGAUUGACGGAUUAUCUACUUGUCGGAGCUCCGUUUUUUCACGUUCUUGGGGAAGAAGGAAAGGUUUACAUUUAUCGCUUUGAUGGCAAGUCAAACCUCUUUACUCUGAAGGGGCACGUAAGUGGCCAACCAUCAUUGGCCUUUGCCAGCUUUGGGUUUGCCAUGGCCAGCAUAGGAGACGUGGACCAGGACGGCUACGGGGACGUUGCGAUUGGUGCACCCCUUGAGAACCACAACGCAGCCGGCAGCUCCUUUGGCAGCGUUUACAUAUACAACGGCAGGAAGGACGGGAUCCAGGCUUCCUUCUCCCAGAGGAUAACAGCUGCUCAGGUUGGUCCAGGACUGAUGCAUUUUGGAAGGUCCGUGGCUGGUGGCUUGGACUUCACGCAGGACAGUCUUCCAGACAUCGCUGUGGGGUCGCUGGGCAGAGUCACCUUGCUUCGCUCGAGGCCAGUUCUCCGGUUGGCUCCCGCCAUGCAAUUUACCCCGGAGAGAAUAUCCAAUUUCCGCAACAGCAGCACUGUCGAUGCGGAAUUAUGCUUCCAUAGAGACUUCUCUCUUGAGAUGGCCCGGCCAGGAAUGCAGAAUCUAAUCAUACGCUUCACAGUGGAUUUGGAUGUUGAGAUGGAAAAGAAGAGGGCACACUUUGAAGACCACACUGCCAGCUACAGCAGCGAGAUUUACUUCACUGAGCGUCCAUGCACUAAACUGCAGUUGUAUAUUUUGCCAUGCAACGAUAACUGCUUCUCCAGCAUCGCUGUCAGACUCCACUAUCAGCUUUCCAGUUCCAGAGAAGACCGGAAAGAUCCCAUGCCUAUCCUUGAUAUUAAUCAGCCAUCGGUGAUGUACUUCCAGUUGCCUUAUAAGGAGGACUGCAAUAACAAGACCGUCUGCUCUCCACGCUUGACCUUGGCUGUUCAUACCAAGAAGGAGCUGGUGGUUGGCGUCACCAAAGAUCUGACCAUGACUCUCCACCUGGCAAACACCGGUGACAAUUCCUACAUGACAUCUGUGCUUUUGGAGUACCCAGCCAACCUGGGCUUUAAAAAGGUCCAAGAGCAGUUUUCUUCGGCGGCAAUCGACUGUGACGCCCCUCGACCCACCAAACCUCAGUUCUCCUCUCUCAACUGUAAGAUUGGACAUCCCGUGUUCAGAACGACAGCAGAUUUUUCCGUGACCUGGCAAGUGGAGGAAAAAAAGUUCCCCGACGACUCUCCGAGCAUCACCGUUAACCUCAGCAACAUCAACCCAAACAGCCCAGCCCUGCUUGAAGAACAUUUCUUCAAUGUGAAAUAUGCUUUCACAGCUUUCCUCAGCAGGACAGAUCAUUCCUUGUAUGUGAGCAUGAGUGAAACAGCCUCCCGGACCAUCCGCUUGGAAUUUAAUAUAACCGGAAAAAACCCAUACGGGGCGCCGCUCGAGUUGCAGGUCUGGGUCCCAGCCCUCGUCACUAACCACCAGAUCAUCCAUGUGAAGGACGCAACUGGAACUCAGAAUACCACGAUAUGCAGAACUGCGAGUGAUUUCAGGAGGAGAGAUUUUGGACACGUCGGCUCAGAGAGCAGCGAGACAAUCCAGUACCAGCUUGUGAAUUGUUUUAUCAUGUCGGAGAAAGAGAAUGUCACUGUGACUGCCGAGCUGGCUUUAGUCAAUGCCUUGCAGGUCUUUAAAACUACAACUGCCUUGUGGGUCACUGGAGAAAUAAUUUUCGACAGAAACCUUUAUGUGGGCUUGAAUGAAAAACACCAUGAAACACAGAUUGAUGUUGUCUUGCUGAAAGAGAAAGAUUUUGAUUAUCUUCCUGUCAUCAUGGCAAGUUCUGCUGUUGGGAUUUUGCUCUUGGCUUUGAUUGUUGUUAUCCUUUAUAAGGGUGGUUUUUUCAAAAAGAAUCACAGAAAGAUGUUAGAAGAACAGAACAAUUCCAAUGUGGAGGAAGAUUCUAAUUCCGAGUGAACACCCCCACCCCCCGGACUCUCUCAGACUGCAUAGAAAGAAGAGACAAUCAAGUUCACGUUUCUUGUUUGAACUCCCCACCAUAUAAAUUGAGAGAGUCCCAAACCCGACUUGGCGUAAUUUAGAAGAGAAAAAGAAGAGUUUGGAUUUAUAUCCCCCCUUUCUCUCCUGCAGGAGACUC